ACCCCUAGCUUCAAUUUUUAAAUGUAUGAAAUUAAAUGUAAACGUUUAUAGACGCGAAAAAUAUGAUUCGGAGCCUUACGAAAUUCAGUAAAGUUAUGAUAUUUCUAAUAACAUUUACAAUUUAUGUAGUUCUCUCAUUCAAACCGCUAACAAAAGAAGAACAAAUGAACAAAUACAACAAAAUGAAUCAAGAAGUAGAACCGUUCAGAAAGAACUUAACAGAAUGCGCGCGGCAAGUCAAAGCUUCAAUGGUCGACGUAGAAAAUUUCUUGAAAAGGAUCCCUCAGUCAACAAUGCAAGGUAAAUGCUUCGUUGCCUGUAUCCUAAGACGAAAUAAUAUCAUAAAGGGCAACAAAAUAUCAGAAGAGAAUCUUCUAGAAGUAAACAGAGCGGUUUACGGAGAAGAUGAAGAAGUUAUGUCAAGGUUAAAAUCUGCGAUUGACGAGUGUUACAAAGCGGUUGAAAUGAUUUUCGAAAUAUGCGAGUAUGCGUCGGUGUUUAACGAUUGCAUGCAUAUGAAAAUGGAGCAUAUUCUGGACAAAGUUACCAUGGAGAGGCGGAUGGAGGCUUUGGGUCAAAUGUCGUCCGAUCCCGAUGUCUGGACUGAUGAUGAAGAUGAACUUUUGAAGCUGGUUAAAGACGAAUUGUAGAUUGCAUUUUUGUUUCUCUCUCGUCUGGCUUUACAAAGAUUAGCCAGUUUCAAGUUUGUAGUUAUUUCCAAGUUAGGGAAACUAUAUAGUUAAGUA